AAAAUGACUUUGAAAAUCUUCAGAACUGUUCAUUCAGUCUCGCUGCAGUGUUUUCAGGAACAGUCGUGCCAUGGAAGAGGAUUCACCGACCCCAUUUGAGGAUGCCCUGGAGAGAACCGGGAACGGACGCUAUAACUACCUGCUGGCUGCGACCUGUGGUCUGGUUCUCCUGGGCAUGGGAACUGACAUGUUCGGCUUCGGGCUGGUUGUGGCUGCGGCUUGCGACCUCAACAUCACAGUCACUCAGAAAGGGAUACUUACAUCACUGCCGUUUAUUGGUAUCCUGCUAGUAUCAUAUGUAUGGGGAUACAUAUCAGACACUCGCGGCAGGCGCUUCUCCCUGAUCAUCUCCGUCCAGGCUGGAUUCCUCCUCUCCUGCCUCGCCAGCAUCACCACCAAUUGGUUAUUCCUGGCCUUCGUUAAGUUCUUUUCAGUUUGUUUUUCCUGUGCUAUCAACUCCGUAGCGUACACCCUGGUGGGGGAGUCGUGUGUUCAGCGAGUGAGAAGCAAGUACAUGUUAAUGAUGACCUGCUUCGUCGUGUUGUCUCCUGGAAUCGCUGCCCUGCUAACAUACCCAACUCUGUCGCUGAACUUCGAAAGCGAUGUACCGUUUUUAGGGAUCAAGUUUACUCCAUGGCGUCUCCUUAUGAUAGUGCUCGCGAUACCCAUGGGUAUUGGUGGGGUUAUCAUCUGCUAUUUUCAUGAAUCCCCCAAGUUUCUGAUAAAUGUCGACAGACAGGACGAGGCAUUAGAAGUCCUGAGGUCUAUCUAUGCGAUUAACAACAGGAACUCUAGUGUCAAGAGUGAUUUACAGGUAAAAUCUAUAUACCUGGAAGACUCGGUGUCCACGAAGGAAUAUUCGUUAUUGAAGAAAGCCUACGAGCAGAGCGCGCCUCUGUUCCGACCUCCGCUCCUGUGGCGAACCUGUCAGCUGUUCUUCAUCGUCUCAGUUAUAUAUUUUACAAAUAACAGUCUCCUGGUGUGGCUUCCGUACGUUCUGAAUAUGUUGAAAGUGACCCAAUCACAGACAGGUUACACUAAAGGUGACGUCUGCACCCUCAUCUCCGUCAAACCUGAAGCUGACAAUUUUACAAUGGAAGCUAAUCAUACUAAGAUUACCCCAGACAUUUGUUUGGGUUAUAUUGAGGACAACGUGAUCAUAACCCUCGUGGCGUCAGCGGUGGUCUAUUCGUUCUUAAACUUCGCGCUGUCCUACCUCAUGAGGUGGAGACGCCUGGUGUUGAUUUCCAUCCUCGUUAUAUCUGCCCUGAGUGGAGCUCUGUUGAAUCUGAUGCCGGAGCCUAUCUCCAGCGUGUUUCUAUUUAUGGCUUUCUCUUGCACCAAUCAGGCCAUGGGCAUCAUGGCGGCCUACUUCGUGGAAUUCUAUCCCACAUCUUGCAGGGGCAUGGCUUGUUGUCUCAGUAUCAUGGUGGGGCGAACGAGCACGUUUGUGGGUAUCAACGUGGUUGGUAACCUCAUCUUCCACCACUGCCACAUCACAUUCUACAUAUGGUCUCUGGUGGUGUUCAGUAGUGCGAUUGCCGCGUGGUUUCUACCUCACGACAAACCGCUGCAAAGCCGAACAUGAUCCAUCUUCAAUGUAUUUUAACUGUGAUUUAAUUGUAUAUUAUAGUUAUAAUUAAUUAUAAUCUUGAUCAACUCAAGUUAAGUUCAGAUGUAGUAGAUUUCUUAAACAAAAGCUUUCGAAAAAUUAUAGUUUUUAUUUUAGAAAUAAUUACGAAAGGAAAAUGUCAUUCCAUGUAUUAUAAAUAAAUGUUUAAAAAUAUAAUUUAAAACAUAAUAAUAUUGUAUGUUAGCGAGGGAUAUGAGGGACAUUUCUUUAUAUAUAUAUAUUAAACAGUAUACCUAUCUGUGAUUUCGUUUGAGUGACACGUAGCAUAGUAGUCUUAUAAACAUUAAAAAUAUUUAAAACACG